AUGUUGGCAGACUAUUGGUGCGGUGUGUACUUUGUCAUCUGUGCCUUGCUCAGUGUUUCCGGGAACUUGGCAACAAUCGGCAUCAUCCUCAUCAGGAAAUCUCUGAGAACAGUCAGUAACUGCCUUAUCGGACAUCUCGCCUUCGUGGACUUAAUCAUCGGUGGCCCAAUCGUCAUCACCAACGCCAUCAGUGCGCUAGGAGGAGAAUGGCUCGGUGGUGGAUUGUGGUGUUCGGUACACACUUACCUCUCUUUUGUUACCAACCUGGUGGCUUACAUCCUUCUCACAUUCAUUGCUCUCGACGCUUUUAUCCUCAUACACUUCCCGUUCCGUUACAGAGGGACGAUGACGAUUCGGAAGGCAAAUGCAAUUGUUAUUGUGACGUGGUUGGUGCUGGGAGGAUUAUCUGUUCCAGUUUUUGUGUUCAACGAGUGUUUCUACGCUCCGUUCCUUUACACUUGUAUCCUUAACAUGGUACCCAACCAGAUAAACAACUAUAUUAGUAUUGCUCAGUACGUGUACAGAGGUCUCCUGUUCCUCAUAAUGGUGGUAUGUUACGCAACCAUAGUGAGGACUACACAGAAGCACUUGAAGACGUGCCGGAGCUACUCCUUCCCCAACACUCCUAGCAGUCAUGGGUCUAAGGACACCGCCUCCCCCUCCAAGGGUCAUAUCAACCCCAUCAAGGCAUCCCAGGCAGAACGGAUGAUGCCGAACAAGUACGCCACCAAAGCAGCAGGAACCAUGUUCAUUAUUCUGAUGGUCUUUCUCGGAGCUUGGCUUCCUACCUCACUCCUCGACAUUAUCUAUCAGAUCUUAGCUAAGUACGGCGUGGAGCUGGUGCCAUCCUUCAAACUGCUUCUGAUUCUCAGCAACCUCCACUACCUACCAAGUGCUAUCAACCCAAUAUUGUAUGCUGCCCGACAACAGCACAUCCGAUACGAGUUCAUACAAAGAUCAAGCGGUAUUUUGGGUCCCUUCCUCAGGAGGAAGAUGCGAGGGGAGCAGUGGCCCUCAACCAGUACCAAGACUCAGCAUAUCAACCAGAUUUACUUCAAAAAGAGUACAGACGGGAGGGAUAUCGGCUCCAUCGUUCAGAGCUGA